CCCUGGGUGCCGGGAGGACCCCUACAGUGGCUGGGGGGCCUGGGGCUGCCUCUUUGUCUCUUCGUCCAGAGCCUUAUGUAAGAGCUUUUCUCGGGAAACAGGAAGUCCUGCUUGCCAAGUUCAGCACAGGGAGUAGUGCAGGCCUUAUUCCAACAAACCCGGCCCAGCCUUCACCCCAGAACUCAGCCAGCUUCUUGCUUCCGUGCCCCUGGUUCUCCCCACCGACCCCACCCCUCCUUCCCCACCUUCAGUCACCCCUAGCAAAAUGCCCCAGAGCCCUCCCGUGCCUGAGCCAGAGGGCUCACCCUCACCCAAGCCCUGGACACUGCCCAGCCUGGCCCCCCAUCCGGCUCCUGGCACCAUGCCCCAUAGCCAGCCAACCUUCCCUCCCCCAACUCUGGGGCUGCCCCAGGGUUCCUGCGCACUGGCCGCUCCUCCUGGGUGUCACGGGCAGCCCUGUCCUUCCUAGAGAGACUGGAACCUAAUUCUCCUGAGGCUGGGGAGGGUAAAGGGGUUCAAGGCAACACUAGCCCCACAACGGAGUGCCAGGGGCACUGAUAGUACCCCUAGCUUGCUUUCCUCCUCCCUCCUUUUUAUUCUCAAGUUCCUUUUUAUUUCUCCCUUGCGUAACACCCUUCUUCCCUUCUGCACCACUGCCCUCACCCCUACCCUCCCCGCCAUCUCCUUGCCAUCCCACUCUUGAGGCCACAGCUGUGGGUGGGGUCCCCAGCUCAUGCCAGCCUCAUCUCCUUUCUUGCUAGCCCCUAAAGGGCCCCCAGGCGACAUGGGGGGCCCGGUCCGAGAGCCAGCACUCUCGGUUGCCCUCUGGUUGAGUUGGGGGGCGGCUCUGGGAGCUGUGGCUUGUGCCAUAGCUCUGCUGACCCAACAAACAGAACUGCAAAGCCUAAGGAGAGAGGUGAGCCGGCUGCAGAGGAGCGGAGGGCCCUCCCAGAAGGGGGAAGGGUAUCCCUGGCAGAGCCUCCGGGAGCAGAGCCCUGAUGCCCUGGAAGCCUGGGAGAAUGAGGAGAGAUCCCGGAGAAGGAGAGCUGUGCUCACCCAGAAACAGAAGAAGAAGCGCUCAGUUCUGCACCUUGUUCCUAUUAACAUCACCUCCAAGGAGGACUCUGACGUGACAGAGGUGAUGUGGCAACCAGCUCUUAAGCGUGGGAGAGGCCUGGAGGCUCAAGGAUACGUUGUCCGAGUCUGGGACACUGGAGUUUAUCUGCUGUAUAGCCAGGUCCUGUUUCAUGACGUGACUUUCACCAUGGGUCAGGUGGUGUCUCGGGAAGGCCAGCGACAGCAGGAGACUCUAUUCCGAUGUAUACGAAGUAUGCCCUCCAACCCAGACCGGGCCUACAAUAGCUGCUAUAGCGCAGGUGUCUUCCAUUUACACCAAGGGGACAUUCUGAGUGUCACAAUUCCCCGGGCAAGGGCGAAACUUAGCCUCUCUCCACAUGGAACCUUCCUGGGGUUUGUGAAACUGUGAUUGUGUUAUAAAAGGUGGUUCUGAGCUUGGAAGACUGGGGUGGGUACAUAUUGUAGACAGCCACGAACUGACGAGACAAAGGAUAGGGAGUGGGCAGGAACUGAGGCCUCUUCCUGGGUUUGACUUCAUGACUCUCUGUUCCUCCCUUUUCCCUUUCUACUCCCACCCCCCAGACUUUGAUUUCAUGGAUAUCUUGCUUCUGUUCCCCUUCCUGCCCCAAAUUCUUGUGUAUGUGCUGGUGGCGUGGGGGCGUGAGGGGGGUGGCGGCUGCCAGGCAUUGUCCAGGCCUGCCAUGGGGUCACUGGAAUGCAUCCAGAACAGCACCACCAUCUAGCGGCAGUUUGAGGGAAUCAUCCCGACUACUGGCAGAAGUCCACGAAGCCUCCCUCCGCUAGGGAAAACCUCUGGUUUCCCAUGCCACACCUCUCUCCAGGUACCCUCUGCCUCUUUAUCCCACUAGAAAUCUCCUUCUCACUUCCCUUUCUCCAUCUAUGGGGCCCCAGUUUCCAUCACUAUCUCCAGAGGUUUGUCUAUUAUGUGCCAGUCUGCAAGGGGCUCCCGACGACGAUGACGGUCCCUUUCGGGUCCCAAGGUUUGCCUUUCAUGCUCUUCAUUUCCCUGGCGUGUGCAGGUCACCUGAAGCCCCUCCGGGCUGGGACUGACCUCCAGGGACCCUUCGAUGAAUCGUACGCCCUGGUGUUGGUCUUUCCUCAUUCCUCUGACCUCUUCUUUCUGCUCAAGCCCUGCUUAAAGUUAAAUAAAAGAUAAUGAAUGAUACCCCGGC